UUUAUGGACCCAUCAAUAAUUAUCUAUCAAUACAGCAACUUGCUCAUGACAUUUAAGCCAAUUAGUUGAGCUGUAGGUAACUCAGUAAAGGGAUUAUACGUGAAAAUCUCCUUUUAGGGUAUGAAUCACAGCUAUCAAUAAGCCCAUUAAUAAUUCUGAUUUUCAAUAUGUUUUCAGCACUCACCUAAUCUGUAACUAUAAUAUAUUGGUCCCACUUUCCUUGUUAUGUGUAAUCAAACAGUAAUCAAUACAAACUAUGACUACUGCAGAAUGAGACUUCUGAAGCUUUGAGGACAAAUUCAUCAGCAGCAUAUAAAAGUCACUGCAGAGAGUCUUUUCUUUCUUUCUUAAGUGCCCUUGAAACCCAGCAACUGAAUUAUAGUCCAGGCCCCCAAAGAGAGCUACAAGGUUAUAAUUGUCUCACACUUAAUUACAUGCAUUACCUUUGUAGACGGACAAAGUCAUUUUGUACCAUGCGUAGAGAAUAAAAUCACUAUGAAUUUUUAUAUUGCUGGCUCAUUGAUUCACAGAAAGUAGAAAUUUAUGCAAGAGCUAUGUCUAACAAUGUAAAUGUUCAGCCAAGCCCAAGAACACUGCCUUCACUGUUCUGGGACUGGGCCUCACAUUCACAGACUUGCUAUUCUUCUCUUUCACUCUUGGGCCUAGUGAGGCAGCUUAUUUUUCCUUUUUCUUUCAUUGGUCACACUUAUUUCUUUUCAGUGUGUCAUCUUCUCUAAGUUUCUGAGGGAGUGUUAGCUUGAGGCCUUGCCUUGACAUAAUCAGAUAUAAUCAGAAAAAUGAAAAAUGCCAUAGGAAAGAGAACUAUUUUCGCCAAGGUGUGAGAGAGAAAUACCACCACUUUCAAGCACUGUUUGCUUCUACUGGAGCCUGCUCAAUAGGGACGUCAGCUUUGCUGGGACCUUAGCCUGCCGCUGGAAAUGGCCCUCUCCAUGGACUCAUCAUGGUAUCGGUGGCAGUGGAGAGUCAGAGAUGGCAUCUCCCAUUGUCCAUCAGAAACCACACCGCUGCUCUCUCCAGAGAAGGGGAGACAGAGCUACAACUUGACACAGCAGCGGGUCGUGUUCCCCAACAACAGCAUGUUCCAUCAAGAUUGGGAAGAGGUCUCCAGGAGAUACCCCGGCAACAGAACCUGCACAACCAAGUACACCCUCUUCACCUUCCUGCCCCGGAACCUCUUUGAACAAUUUCAUAGAUGGGCUAACCUCUAUUUCCUGUUCCUGGUGAUUCUGAACUGGAUGCCCUCCAUGGAAGUCUUCCACAGGGAAAUCACCAUGUUACCAUUGGCCAUUGUCCUGUUCGUCAUCAUGAUCAAGGAUGGCAUGGAGGACUUCAAGAGAUACCGCUUCGAUAAAGCCAUAAACUGCUCCCACAUUCGAAUAUAUGAAAGAAAAGAGCAGAUCUAUGUACAGAAGCACUGGAAGGAUGUCCGCGUGGGAGACUUCAUCCAAAUGCGAUGCAAUGAGAUUGUCCCAGCAGACAUACUCCUCCUUUUCUCCUCGGACCCCAGCGGGAUAUGCCAUCUGGAAACUGCCAGCUUGGAUGGAGAGACAAACCUCAAACAAAGACAUGUCGUGAAGGGCUUCUCACAGCAGGAGAUACAGUUCGAACCAGAGCUUUUCCACAAUACCAUCGUGUGUGAGAAACCCAACAACCACCUCAACAAAUUUAAGGGUUAUAUGGAGCAUCCUGACAAGACCAGGACUGGAUUUGGCUGUGAGAGUCUUCUGCUUCGAGGCUGCACCAUCAGAAACACCGAGGUGGCUGUUGGCAUUGUCAUCUAUGCAGGCCAUGAGACAAAAGCCAUGCUGAACAACAGCGGCCCCCGGUACAAACGCAGCAAGAUUGAGCGGCGCAUAAACACAGACAUCUUCUUCUGCAUUGGGAUCCUCAUCCUCAUGUGCCUUAUUGGAGCUGUAGGUCACAGCAUCUGGAAUGGGACCUUUGAAGAACACCCUCCCUUUGAUGUGCCAGAGGCCAACGGCAGCUUCCUUCCUGGUGCCCUUGGGGGCUUCUACAUGUUCCUCACAAUGAUUAUCCUGCUCCAGGUGCUGAUCCCCAUCUCUUUGUAUGUCUCCAUUGAGCUGGUGAAGCUCGGGCAAGUGUUCUUCUUGAACAAUGACCUUGACCUGUAUGAUGAAGAGACUGAUUUAUCCAUUCAGUGUCGAGCCCUCAACAUCACAGAGGACUUGGGCCAGAUCCAGUACAUCUUCUCUGAUAAGACAGGAACCCUGACAGAAAACAAAAUGGUGUUUCGACGUUGCACCAUCAUGGGCAGCGAGUAUUCUCACCAAGAAAAUGCUAAGCGACUGGAGACCCCAAAGGAGCUGGACUCAGAUGGUGAAGAGUGGACUCAGUACCGAUGCCUGUCCUUCCCAGCCAGAUGGGCCCAGGAUCCAGGAACUAUGAGAGGCCUAAAAGGUGCUCAGCCUUUGAGGAGGAGCCAGAGUGCACAGGUGCCCAUCCAGGGCCACUACCGGCAAAGGUCUAUGGGGAACCGUGAAAGCUCACAGCCUCCUGUGGCCUUCAGCAGCUCCAUAGAAAAAGAUGUGACUCCAGAUAAAAACCUACUGACCAAGGUUCAAGACGCUGCCCUGUGGCUGGAGACCUUGUCAGACAGCAGACCUGCCAAGCCUUCCCUCUCCACCACCUCCUCCAUUGCCGAUUUCUUCCUUGCCUUAACCAUCUGCAACUCUGUCAUGGUGUCCACAACCACCGAGCCCAGGCAGAGGGUUACCAUCAAACCCUCAAGCAAGGCUCUGGGGAUGUCCCUGGAGAAAAUUCAGCAGCUCUUCCAGAAGUUGAAGCUGUCGAGCCUCAGCCAGUCAUUCUCGUCCACUGCGCCCUCUGACACAGAUCUGGGGGAGAGUUUGGGGGCCAACGUGGCCACCAUGGACUCGGACGAGAGAGACGAUGCAUCUGUGUGCAGUGGAGGUGACUCCACUGAUGAUGGUUUCUACAGAAGCAGCACGUGGGACCAGAGUGACAUCCUGGAGUCUGGGUCAGGCACGUCCUUGGAGGAGGUGCUGGAGGCUCCUGCCCCAGGCCUGGCCAGUCCCGAGUUCUGUUACGAGGCUGAGAGCCCUGAUGAGGCCGCCUUGGUGCACGCUGCCCAUGCCUACAGCUUCACGCUAGUGUCCCGGACACCUGAGCAGGUGACUGUGCGCCUGCCCCAAGGCACCUGCCUCACCUUUAGCCUUCUCUGCACCCUGGGAUUUGACUCUGUCAGGAAGAGAAUGUCUGUAGUUGUGAGGCACCCACUGACUGGCGAGAUCAUCGUCUACACCAAGGGUGCUGACUCGGUCAUCAUGGACCUGCUGGAAGACCCAGCCCGUGUGCCUGACACUGACGUAGAAAAGAAGCUGAGAAAAAUCCGAACCCGGACCCAAAAACAUCUAGACUUGUAUGCAAGAGAUGGCUUGCGCACUCUAUGCAUUGCCAAGAAGGUUGUAAGUGAAGAAGACUUCCAGAGAUGGGCCAGUUUCCGGCGUGAGGCUGAGGCAUCCCUUGACAACCGAGAUGAGCUUCUCAUGGAGACGGCACAGCAUCUGGAGAAUCAACUCACCUUACUUGGAGCCACUGGGAUCGAAGACCGGCUACAGGAAGGAGUUCCAGAUACAAUUGCUGCUCUUCGGGAGGCUGGGAUCCAGCUCUGGGUCUUGACUGGAGAUAAGCAGGAGACAGCAGUCAACAUCGCCCAUUCCUGCAAACUGUUAGAUCAGACCGACACUGUGUACUCCAUCAAUACAGAGAAUCAGGAGACCUGUGAAUCCAUCCUCAAUUGUGCACUGGAAGAGCUAAAGCAAUUUCACGAACUGCAGAAGCCAGACCGCAAGCUCUUUGGGUUCCACUUACCUUCCAAGACACCAUCUAUCACCUCAGAAGCUGUGGUUCCAGAAGCUGGAUUGGUUAUUGACGGGAAGACACUGAAUGCCAUUUUCCAGGGAAAGCUGGAGAAGAAGUUUCUGGAAUUGACCCAGUAUUGUCGGUCUGUACUGUGCUGCCGCUCCACACCACUCCAGAAGAGUAUGAUAGUCAAGCUGGUGCGAGACAAGUUGCGCGUCAUGACCCUUUCCAUAGGUGAUGGAGCAAAUGAUGUAAGCAUGAUUCAAGCUGCUGAUAUUGGAAUUGGAAUAUCUGGACAGGAAGGCAUGCAGGCCGUCAUGUCCAGCGACUUUGCCAUAGCCCGCUUUAAGCACCUCAAGAAGCUGCUGCUUGUGCACGGCCACUGGUGUUACUCACGCCUGGCCAGGAUGGUGGUGUACUACCUCUAUAAGAACGUGUGCUAUGUCAACCUGCUCUUCUGGUAUCAAUUCUUCUGUGGUUUCUCCGGCUCCACCAUGAUCGAUUACUGGCAGAUGAUAUUCUUCAAUAUCUUCUUUACCUCCUUGCCUCCUCUCGUCUUUGGAGUCCUGGACAAAGACAUCUCUGCAGAAACCCUCCUGGCAUUACCUGAGCUAUACAAGAGUGGUCAGAACUCUGAGUGCUAUAACCUGUCGACUUUCUGGAUUUCUAUGGUGGAUGCAUUCUACCAGAGCCUCAUCUGUUUCUUUAUCCCUUACCUGACCUAUAGGGGCUCUGAUAUAGAUGUCUUUACUUUUGGGACACCAAUCAACACCAUCUCCCUCACCACAAUCCUCUUGCACCAGGCAAUGGAAAUGAAGACAUGGACCAUUUUCCAUGGGCUCGUGCUCCUCGGCAGCUUCCUGAUGUACUUUCUGGUAUCCCUCCUGUACAAUGCCACCUGCAUCAUCUGCAACAGCCCCACCAAUCCCUACUGGGUGAUGGAAGGCCAGCUAUCAGACCCCACUUUCUAUCUCGUCUGCUUUCUCACACCCGUCGUGGCUCUUCUCCCAAGGUGCUUUUUCCUAUCUCUACAAGGAACCUAUGGGAAGUCUUUAAUCUCAAAAGCUCAGAAAAUUGACAAACUCCCCACAGACAAAAGAAACCUAGAAAUCCAGAGUUGGAGAAGCAGACAGAGGCCUGUUCCUGCCCCUGAAGUGGCUCGACCCACCCAUCACUCAGUGUCAUCUAUCACAGAACAGGACUUCAGUGCCAGCACCCCAAAGAGCUCUAACCCUCCGAAGAGGAAGAACACAGAAGAGUGGAUGAUCCACAAACAGAGAUGCGGCAGAGAGUGCAUGAGGGAUGACUCGUGCUCAGGGGACUCCUCAGCUAAACUUUCAUCCGGGGAGCACCUGCUGGGGCCUCAUAGGACAAUGGCCUACUCAAGAGGACAGACUGAUAUGUCCCGGAACUCAAAGAGGGGCAGCCAUCGCCGAUCCCAGAGUUCACUGACCAUAUGAGGAGCUACAGAAAUCCAUACAAACUCAACAGAGGCCACCCAAUCACUGGCCCAAGUAACCCUUGACCCCUUCCUCUUCAUAGAGGAAACAUCGUGCCAGAGUUAUUCUUUUUUUCCCCCAAUAAGCCUGACUUCCUUGGAGGAAGUUCUGGUCCCAAGGGGUUUGACACAAAGACUGGAAAACCAGUCGGCCUCUAGUUUUCUGUGGCUGCCAGGCAGCACAUCUUGCAGAGUUUAGAUAAGGAGGCUGUUUUUGUUGCACUGAAUUCUCAAACUGUUUAACCCAAAACCACUCUUGUGACCCUCUAGAUAAGUGCUGCCUACAAUCCAGUGCAAAUGGGCUGUAAGUUUCCAAGAUUCCAAGAACUGUAUCAACCCAAGCAAUACCUCAGGGUAUGGAAGUUUCUGGGUUUAUUUACCUCUCAGUGCCCAGAGUUAAAGUUUCAGAAGAGACUUGUGCAGCCCUAAGAGACUAAGGGCUUCAUCUCAAGUGUAUUGCCGUGAUGGCCGAUUGGGGUUAACCCUUCCGUGUACAGAGAGUUGGUUCUGCUUUUUGUCUAAGCCAAAGAAAAGCCACAUCUAAAAAUGAAAAGUAUAUUUAAACUCAGUGCCACAGACUCUUCUGAGGGUUGUAGGGUCACAGCUAGUGUAAGAGGCAUGAAGAAUAGACAUGCAAAAGGGAACAGAUGAACCAGAAACCCCUGUUUUGGUUGACAGACCAUAUGUCCCAACAUCUGGGGAAUCUGACAAGAGGACAUAGGCAGCACUUUUUUUUUUUUUUUUGAGACGGAGUCGCUCUGUCACCCAGGAUGGAGUGCAAUGACAUGGUCUCGGCUCACUGCAACUUCUGUCUCCCCAGUUCAAGUGAUUCUUCUGCCUCAGCCUCCCAAGGAGCUGGGAUUACAGGCACCUGCCACCACGCCUGGCUAAUUUUUGUAUUUUUAGUAGAGACAGUGUUUCACCAUGUUGGCCAGGUUGGUCUCAAAUUCCUGACCUCAUGAUCCACCCACUGCAGCCUCCCAAAAUGCUGGGAUUACAGGAGUGAGCCACUACGCCCAUCCAGCGUCACUUUUUAAAAGCUAUUUAUUGUAUUUACUUUUAAAUAAAAUUACUCAUCCUCAUUCAGCUCUUAGAACAAAAGAAAAAAAAAAACCUGUUAAUCAGGAUAUAUAAGCACAUCUGCACCCAGAAAAGGCCCAGAGCAAUCCAGAGCUUAAACAAUGGCAUCUUCAAGGGUAGGGCUAACAUGAAACCCAAUUCAGCUUAUUCCGGAAUACCACCCUCUGGAAGACACUGGCCUUCUUCAGUUAGAGAGAGUCAGAGGAAGUGUCACUUCACAAGGAAAAGAAAGAUUAUAUAGACUUCCUAUCCCUAAAGGUUAUAAAUGUCAAGUAUAUAAAAGAGCUCAAAACAGUGUUAAAGGAAUGAACAGUAGAAUUUUAAUAGGCUGUCAAGAGAAGCCAAGUCUGCUCUGGGAAAGUAUAGCCUAACCCUAGUCUUGUAAAAUAAGUCAGAAAGGUUUACUGGGCCACCUUAAGCUAGUACCUACAUAUUAGGCAAAAAGUACAGAAAUAGAUGCACUAAGUGUGGUGAGUCUUUGAGCCUACAAGUCAUGCCACCAGCCAUGAGUUCACCUGUCACUUGAGUAACUCCUCAGCAAAGAUGCCAGAAAACAUUCAAUCAAGUUGGCAAAUAGCACAGGGAGCUGGCCCUCUGACCAUCUUCCUGCCAAACCUGGACUGGAAGGACCAUUUGCAGCACCCUCCUGGAGCCAAUGCACUGUGCCUCGCUGCCUCUGCUACAUAAUGAUGCCAGGACUAGCCAGCUGGUGGGUAUUUGGGGGAAUCCUGCAAGAGGAUUGCCCAUGAAGGGGCAGGUACACAUACCAGGAAAAGCAGUGAUGAUGUGAAUCGUUCCUAGUGAGGGGAUUGAGUCAAAACCUGGAUCUCAGGUACCCCAAUUUUUCACUCAAACAAUUUCUGGCUACGACUAAAAGCCAGGAAGAACAGAACAGUGGCCUCAGGAGAUCUGAGUUGGAGUCCUUGCUCUGCCUCCAUUCUCCCUAGGAUGCAGGAGCCUUGAAGCAGGAUGCCACACCUGCAAUUUGGUUAGAAGUGCGUUUCUUCCCAGUCUUGAUAUAAGUAUUAAGUCAAAAUUACAUGACACCCAGUGGUUAAAAACCCCAGAAAUCUGUAACACCCUCAGUAAUAACAAAAGGGAUUUUUAUUUCAGGGCUAAGGGGAAAGGAGAUGAUGGAGAAGUUGAAAAAAGAUGUCUCAUCCUCUUCCUAAGUUCCAAACUAUAGCCGACAUUCUGAUGCUGCUCGUUUUCAUGUAUGACCAACCAUCCCAGUUUGCCUGCGACUUUCUCAUUUUUACAGAGUUCCAAAUCCUAAGAAACUGGGCCAACUGCUACAACUGGUCACCUACUCUUGCACCUCCGUAAAUCAAGCCAACUGUGACCAUCCAAUGUGCCACCUUACAGGGAAAAGUUAUAACAACUAUUCCCCUAGACAUAACGCUAAUGAUUGUACUUAAUACAUUUUUGUACUUUUAUGAUAUUUUACUGAUUGGAAACAUGUCAUCCUUUAUUAAAAAAAAAAACGUGGUUUUUCAUAGUUGCCUG